AUGGCGUCAGACCUGGUGAGUGACUAUACUGAGCUUAUGCUGAACAGUCAGUACCGACAGAUCCUGUACGGGAAAGAGGGUCUGCCUUCCAAAGUACGAUCUCCUUCCGCAGAAACCUUCACUAAGUCCUCGGAUGAAAAUAACGCAAUUGAUCACACGGAUCAUCUGGUAGUAAACGAGCAGUGCCGCCCAUGGACACCCGUAGCAUCAGAGGAGCCACAAGACCAUCAACAUGGCAAGACACCACCCAACCUUCUGCCUAAUGAACCACAACUCCAGAAAGAAAAAGAUGAUCCAGUCUCAUCAUCCUCCUAUACCCUGGCCAGUGACAGCAGUCAGUACAGCCGCGAUGUAGACCUCUGGCUGAGGGGAUCUCCAACUGAGAGUACUGGUGUUCAGAACAGCAGGGUCGCAGUGGUCCAGCGCUCCACCAUAGCUCCAUCAUCAUCACUGGACGGCAUGUGGUACAUCAUUGCAAUGGUACUGCCUAUGUUCAGCGUCAAUAACUGCAUCCAGUGGAGGUGUACGCCAAGCACCGUCCUGAACGCAGCAGAAUUCUUCCUGAAUCAACUUUCCCGAUUGUGUCGCCAUGCCCGCAGUCACAUACGUCGUCUGGCCGGAGACCAGAUAGCCCGAGACCUCUUUGCAACAGCAAUGGACAUCGUGCUGGUGGUCUACGCCAUCGGAUUCCUAGUGUUAUCCCUGUACCAAGCUUCCAUUAUCGGUUAA